AAAAAACUGGGGUUGUCAAUUUGUUGGCAGUUUGAAGGUUUUCUGUGAUUUUGGAAGUUUAAUAUAGAAACAAGAAUUUAGUAUUAUUGUUUAUUACAGCUUUACAAAAUUAAUAAAAAGGCGAUGAUUAUCCAAACUCCAACAUAACCUAUUUACUAAUAUUUAGUUUACAAAAUAGCAAAUAUGUCUGAUUCAGAGGCUAGCAACUUUUCGGAUAACGAAAAUGCGUCUGGAGCAGGGUCAGUUAGGUCUCGCAGCUCAAGAGGUAGCGUUAGAAGUAGAUCUAGAUCCCCGUCUAGAUCUAGGUCGAGAUCCAUGUCAAAAAGUAGAUCGAGAUCACCAUCAAGAGGCUCGAGAAUGUCCAGAUCACGCUCUCCUUCUCGUUCAAGAUCACCCUCUAGAUCUCGGUCUCGUUCUCGUUCCCGAUCGAGAUCUAGAUCUAGAUCUCGCUCCCGAAGCAGAUCAGCAAGAUCUGGAUCAGAAGCACGAGAAGCUUCAGGCCCUGAAGAUGUUGUGGAAGAAGAAGAACCAGAUGGAGAUAGUCUAAGGUCAGACGAAUAUGACAGCGAAGAAGAUGAAAGUGAUGAUGGGGGUAGAGCAAAGAAAAGAAAAAAGAAUAAAGACAGAUAUGGAGGAUUUAUUAUUGAUGAAGCUGAGGUAGAUGACGAAGUUGAAGAUGAAGAUGAAUGGGAAGAUGGAGCACAAGAAAUUGGAAUUGUUCCUAAUGAAGUUGAUGAGUUUGGACCCACAGCAAGAGAAAUUGAAGGAAGAAGAAGAGGAACAAAUUUAUGGGAUGCCCAAAAGGAAUCAGAAAUAGAGGAAUAUCUGAAAAGAAAAUAUGCUGAUGAUGGAGCAGCAAUCAAACAUUUUGGAGAUGGUGGUGAAGAAAUGUCAGAUGAAAUCACCCAACAAACAUUAUUGCCAGGUGUUAAAGAUCCCAACCUUUGGAUGGUCAAAUGUAGAAUUGGAGAAGAAAAAUCUACUUGCCUCUUACUUAUGCGAAAGUUUAUGGCAUACCAAAAUACUAAUGAACCUUUGCAAAUCAAAUCAGUAGUAGCACCUGAAGGUGUUAAAGGAUACAUCUAUAUUGAAGCCUACAAACAGCCUCAUGUCAAAGCUGCUAUCCAGAAUGUAGGAAAUUUAAGAAUGGGCAUCUGGAAACAGCAGAUGGUUCCCAUCAAGGAAAUGACAGAUGUUUUAAGAGUUGUGAAAGAACAAACUGGUUUGAAAUCAAAACAGUGGGUAAGGCUUAAGCGAGGCCUCUACAAAGAUGACAUUGCUCAAGUCGAUUAUUUUGAUAUGGCUCAAAAUCAGGUACAUCUUAAAAUUUUACCAAGGAUUGACUACACACGUUUAAGAGGAGCUCUAAGAACAGCACAAACGGAAUCUGAAGCAGAAAAGCGCAAGAAAAAACGCCGCCCUCCCAGUAAACCUUUCGAUCCUGAAGCUAUCAGAGCCAUAGGUGGCGAAGUUACGUCCGAUGGUGAUUUUUUGAUCUUUGAAGGUAAUCGUUAUUCACGCAAGGGUUUUCUAUACAAAAAUUUUACCCUUAGCGCCGUUAUAAUUGAUGGUGUUAAGCCAACCUUGGCAGAACUGGAAAGGUUCGAAGAACAACCUGAAGGAAUCGAUUUGGAAUUGUCCGUGGAUAAAGAGGAGAAAGCUGUUACUCAUUCGUUCAGUGCGGGGGAUAACGUUGAAGUUUGUGAAGGUGAAUUAAUCUAUUUGCAGGGUAAAAUUAUCAGCAUUGAUGGGCACAUGAUAACCGUAAUGCCCAAACACGAGGAUUUGAAGGAGGCAUUGGUGUUUCAAGCUUAUGAAUUAAAGAAGUAUUUCAAAACCGGAGAUCAUGUAAAAGUUUUGGCAGGCCGCUACGAAGGAGACACUGGUUUGGUAGUCAGGGUAGAAAAUAACAGGGUCGUAUUAAUAUCUGAUCUGACUAUGCACGAAAUGGAAAUUCUACCAAAAGACUUACAAUUAUGUACUGAUAUGGCUAGUGGUGUUGAUUCACUAGGAAAAUUCGAAUGGGGAGAUCUUGUAAACUUGGAUGCUGAAACUGUUGGAGUUAUUAUUAGAUUGGAAAGGGAAAAUUUCCAUGUCUUGAAUAUGCAUGGCAAAGUUGUUGAAUGCAGGCCUGGAUCAUUACAAAAGAGAAGAAUCCAUAAAUACACUGCAGCCUUGGAUUCAUACCGAAACAAUUUACAUAGAAGAGAUAUGGUCAAAGUAAUAGAUGGGCCCCAUUCUGGAUUUUCUGGAGAAAUUAAACAUCUCUACAGAAAUUUCGCAUUCCUAUAUUCAGUGGAAUUUUUGCAAAAUGGUGGUAUCUUUGUGUGCAAAACUAAGCAUCUUCAGUUAGCUGGAGGCAACAAGAACAUGCCUUCUGCAGAUAUGGGCAUUGGAAUGGAGUUUAUGUCUCCGAGAAGAAGUUCUCCAAUGCACCCAUCAAGUGGUGGAGGUGCAGCAGGAGGAGGAGCUUUCGGAGCCUUUGGAGGUGGUAGGCCUGCUGGUGGAGCCGGUAGAGGAAGAGGGAGCAGAGAUAGAGAUCUUAUCGGUACAACUAUCAAAAUUAUUAGAGGGCCUUAUAAGGGUAAUAUUGGUAUAGUAAAAGAUGUUACUCAAAGUUCAGUCAGGAUAGAGUUGCAUACAUCUUGUCAAACUAUAUCUGUUGAUAAGAACCACAUAAAUGAUGUCGGAGCUCCGGGCGGUAGAGAUGGCAGCGCUUCCAGCUAUGGCAAAACUCCGGCAUAUGCGGGUAACCAGACACCUCUGUACAGAGAUUCUGGUAACAAAACUCCCAUGUGCGAUUCUGGAUCUCGUACUCCCUUGCAUUAUGGUUCAAUGACUCCAAUUCACGACGGUUCCAGAACACCAAAUGCCAGUUCAGAAUGGGAUCCUGCUGUCUCUGGGAAUACUUAUCCAUCACCAGGAUAUAAUCCUAGCACUCCCGGCUAUCAAGUCAACGGUCCAUAUACGCCGCAAACACCUGGUACAAUGUACGACGGUAGCUACAGUCCGUAUCAGGCAAGUCCUGGAUAUCAGAGCGCCAUUUCCACUCCCAGUCCCGGAACCGGAUACGGCCAGUCUCCUGCUUCGAGCAACAAUCCGUACAGCACUCCUAGUUCUGGGUAUAGCCCUAACAUGCCGUACAAUCCUCAAACUCCCGGUGCAGGUCUGGAUGUGCUACCUAUGACUGAUUGGCAUACUGUCGAUAUUGAGGUAAGAAUUCGCGAUAGUCAUGACGAUCCUGGCUUAGUUGGUCAAACUGGCGUUAUUAGAAGUAUAUCUGCAGCUAUGUGUACAGUUUUUCUUCCUGCAGAAGAUAGAGUUGUUAACAUAAUAUGCGAUCAUCUAGAUCCAGUACGACCACAGAGAGGAGAUCAGUUUAAGGUAAUCAUUGGCGAAGAACGAGAACAAACUGGUGAACUUCUCUCUAUAGAUGCAAACGAAGGAGUAGUUAAAAUUAAGGAGGAAAUUACUAUGCUGCCCUUACAAAAUUUAUGUAAGAUGAGACCCUCAAGUCAAAAAAAUAUGUAAUUUUUUGAGUACAUUAUAACUUGAAAAUUGAUUGUGAACGUGAAAAUAAUUUGGUUUCAAUUUUAGGUAAUAUAUUAAUAAUAAAUAUAUGUCGUAUCUAUUUGACAAUUGUAAGAAUAGAGUAUUAGUAGCUAUAAA